AGAGACAGGUUUCAGGGCGCCUCCCCCCGUCUUUGCUCACAGGUGACUGCGAGGACGCGCUGUGCGAGAAGAAGAAGAGGAAGAGGAAAGCACGGAGGUCUCCCUCCCCCUCAACACUGGCAUUAAAAGUCUGGUCACGUUCAGCGAAAAGGGCAGGAGUUAGAUGACCACGCAGGUCCCUCAUUCCGUCUCCACGCCUCCCCCUCAGCUUCAGUGGCUUCUCGUCCGUUGCACGAGCCGAUCCGUUCAAACCUGAGGACAGCAUGACAGGAGGACUGAAGGACGGAGACACAGAGGAGGAGUUCCUGCAUUCACCCUUCAUCCGAAAGCAGGGGAACAUUUACAAGCCUAACAACAAAGACAUGGACAACGACAGUCUGAACGAGAAGACCAUGGACGACGUCCACACCAAAGAGAUCGAUCUGGUCAACCGGGACCCGAAGCGCAUUAACGACGAUGUGGUCAAGGUAGACUUCGAGGACGUGAUCGCCGAGCCGGCGGGGACCUACAGCUUCGACGGCGUGUGGAAAGCCAGCUUCACCACCUUCACCGUCACCAAGUACUGGUGCUACCGGCUGCUGACGGCCCUGGUGGGCAUCCCCCUGGCGCUCAUCUGGGGCAUCUUCUUCGCCAUCCUGUCCUUCCUGCACAUCUGGGCCGUGGUGCCGUGCGUCAAGAGCUACCUGAUCGAGAUCCACUGCGUCAGCCGCGUCUACUCCAUCUGCGUGCACACCUUCUGCGACCCGCUGUUCGAGGCCAUGGGCAAGUGCCUCAGCAGCAUCCGGAUCAGCACCACCAAGGGGGUGUAGGAUGAGGAAGAGGAGGGGCAACGCGGAAACACUGGUUAACGGAAAGAGGGGGAGGGUCAAAGAAGAACAACAAAAUAGACCUCUGGGAAAACGAGAGGUGAGACUUUUCCAGAGCUGUGGGGAAGGGAGGAUGAGGGGGGGGGGGGGGUUGUGUGUAAGUGUAAGAGCGUGGUCACAUGGCACCUGACCCUUCUCAGUGUCGCCACACCCAAACAGGUGGCAACAGGAAAUCAAAGGGUUCUUCUCCGGGGUUGUUGUUGUUUGUUGUUUGUUGUUGAUGAUGUCAAUUCCUUCCGUUCGUCCUCUGGAGAGCUUCUCACUUUGAGGGAUUCAUGUGAAGAGGAGAUGUUGGGGUGUGUCCCUGUCUUCUCUAGUGUGUGUGUGAGUGUGGGUUGGGGGGGG